AUGCAGAAGGAACGGAGAGACAGUGGAGUGGAAGUAGAGCAAACAGAGCUGGACCAAGCCCUCGAGGAGAUCAACGAGAAGUGGGAAGCAGCGGAUGAACAAGAUAUAUUGUUGCUGAAUAACAGGAAAAAGACAGAGCAAGACAGAGCAAUGGGAGAGGAGGUCCGAAAGAAGGCGUGCGAAAAGCUGGGUGAAACGAUGAAACGGAAAGGAGAAGGUGAGGGUUCGUCAGAGCCGAAGAAGAAAAGGUCAAGAAAGGGUGGAAAUGACACAAUAGAAUUUCUGAGGGAAAAGGCAAACAUUGAUAUGGCAAUGAAACAAGAAGAACAGAAAGCGAGAAGGGAGGAGCACGAGCGGCAGACAAGGCUUUAUGAGCUAGCACUUGCUAAUCAACAACAGCAACAACAACAGAGCAAUCAACUCAUGAGUCUGAUGAUUGGCCUCAUGCAAAAAAUUGCAGAAAAAUAA